AUGGUACUCAAAUUUAUGGAUGCACUGCAUAUCCUUCUAGCAGUAACCAAUGCAUUUGUAACAGCAGGUCAUUGCCUGGAUUUAUCUCAACAACCCAAUGUUACUUUAGUUGCAGUGCAUAUACUAACAUCUCGUGGAUUGAUAAAAAUUCCAGCGAGUAACAUCAAAUUUUUUUUGCAUAAUAAAAUAAAUUUGGAUAAACGUGAAAACGAUUUGGGCAAAUUUGAAAUUACAGCAGACAACUUUGCAGCUGAUAUUCAUCCAUAUAACCUAAUUACUUCAGAAAUUGAUUUACCAGAAGUGGUUAAAAUAGAAUUAUGGAAAAGUGAUGAACCUGGCGAUUUCAGGAUAGAAAUCUUUAAAGUUAAAACGCUUAAUAUGAAAAUAUGUAGAUCCAGAUUUGAAGGAGCACCUUCUGUACAGAAAGCUAUUGACAGAGCUGAAAGGGGUGAAAUUCUGCCAUUCAUGUGCUUAGACAUUGAGAUAAAGCAAGGUAAUAGUGGAGGACCAAUAAAAACAUCUCUUGGAGUCUUAUCAACAAAUUCUCUUGGUGGAAGUAACGGUACAAAUCACCCAACGUUGUGUGUAAAACAUCCAAGUAACUAUCAAGAUGACAACAUCUGGACUGAAAUUCAUUUAAAUUAAGAAUCCCAGCAGUUGAACAAAGC